GUUCAAAUAGUUAUUUAUGAACAAUGAAAUUAUAACUAAACAUUGUGAAUAUUAACUAUCUUUUCUUUUUUUCUUUUUCUUUUUCGUUUUUGUUCAUUAUACGUUUUCUUUAUUUUAUUAUGUAUAUUCCAGAAUGGAACUUGAUUAACUUAUUGAUAGCAGCUGGAUGUAUUUUCGGCAGCUCAGCACUUAUUUAUCGUGAAUUCUUUCCAAGUACAAGACUACAGUAUUCAAAAUUCUCAGAUAUAUCAUUAGAUAUAUCGAUUCCAUUUAAUAUUCCUUCAUUCUUUGGUAUGUUAUUGAUAUAUACACCAUCGCUUAUUCUGUCGAUUGGAUUCUUAUGGGUUUCAUUGUAUUCUAAUUUUCAUAUGAUCUUAAUCUCAUUUUUAACAUUUCUACAUUAUCUGAAGCGAGUCCUGGAAGUACUAUUCAUUCACAAAUAUUCAGGGAAGAGCAACUUGUUUCAUAAUAUUCUAAUCUCUUUAUCGUAUGCUACAUUUGCAAUCUUGAUAUAUUUUCUUUCGAUACAAACAAUUCAAUACAACCUUAUUUUAACAAUUCUUGGAGUAAUAUUAUUUUUUACUGGAGAAGCUAUCAAUUUUUAUCAUCAUUGUAUAUUAAGAGAUUUACGAAAAGAUGGAUCAAAAGGCUAUAAGAUACCUCAUAGAGGCUUAUUCAAAUAUAUUUGGUGUCCUCAUUAUGUGGGCGAAAUUAUUUCCUUUAUUGCAUUUGCAUUCAUUACACAGCAUUUCUUUAUUUUGAUUCUUCAGUUAGGAUCUACAGGCUAUUUAACUAUAAGAGCUUACAAUACAAAACAAUGGUACAAACAAAAAUUCAACAAAAUACCGAAAAGAGCAUGUCUUUUACCAUAUAUUUUUUAAGUUUUUUAAAGGAUAGAGAAUAAGACCAAAUGUUAUGUUCAACUAUAUAAAUAGUUAUUUUAUACAUAAAUCAUAUUUGCGAUAUUAUUCAUCAUAUAAUGUGUAUUAAAAAUAUAGUACAAG